GACAUACUCCAUGGAUAUGUACUUAGCACUCUUGUAUGUGGUCAGUUUUUGACACCUGUGAGGUUUUCGCUUUAUAUCUAUUCAUCAGUUAUGAAAAUCUGAAGAAUUCUUUUGCUUUGAGAGUGACACUGGAUUAAAAAUUCAUGUUGUAUAUGUAUGUUUUAGAUGUUAAACAAAAACUUCGUAAUUUUUGUUAUUAAUUUACCUUUCAACAAGAAUAUUUGGAUAUUAAAAAUUUGUCAAAGAUAUAUAUGCCUCUAAGCAUACACCAAGAAAAGGCAUGCUUUAAAAUUAUUAAGUAUCCCUUCAUCUUGCGUUUUGAAAUUAAGUGCUGAUACUGUUUUUGGAGUAAAAUUAAUAUGCUAUUUUGUACCUAGAAGGAAGUGUGGUUAUGGAGUCAGAAAUAACGAAAAAUGGCGGACGAGAAUUCCAGAUCUAAUCCUGUAUCUAGUCUCCUUGGGUACAAAUCCUUAGAUGAUAAUCAACAAAAUGAAAUACGAGAGCAGCAUAUUAACCCAGCAUUUGAAGAUAAUGAAAUUCCUUAUAUUCCUUCAUUAAAUGGGAAUUCCCUUGCUUAUUCCUUAGAAAUACCAAAUCCUAGGAUGAACAAGUGUACCGAGAAUGGUGCUUAUAUUGAAAGUUACUUAUCACCACCUAUUCCACCAUAUUUUGAUGGCCAUGCAAAGGAGUCUAAUAUUUCUAUAAUGAGUAAUCAGUUUACUAAUGAUUUAGGGUUAAAGGGUAUCCCUAAAUUGCCUAAUGGAUUACAUGAAGAGGAUUCAGGGUCAACAAAGGAGAAAAAAGAAAAAGAUUCCGAUGAUGAUUCUGUAACUCCUACCAGUUUUUUAACUUUGUUUAGGUAUUCAAGUAGUAUUGACAAAAUUUUAAUAUUUUUUGGCUGUGUGAUUGCCAUGCUUUCCGGGGCUGCUCUGCCAACUAUAAUGGUUCUGUUUGGCAAUAUCCUAGAUGCUUUUGUUGACCAUCAUAGAAUGCAAAAGAAUCUGACGUCUUUUGAUCCUACAGAUUCUAAUCUUAUCAGUAAAGAAGAUUUUCUUUCUCAAGUUGCCAACAUGUGCUUGUAUAUAACAAUUAUAGGUUGUAUUGUUUUCUGUUUCAACUACCUUAUGGUUAGUUUCUUCAGUAUGGCUGCAGCUAAUCAAGCUUUUAAAAUCCGCUGUAUGUUUAUGAAAUCUGUUCUAAGACAAGAUAUUGGCUGGUUUGAUACCCAUCAAACUGGUGAUUUUGCUAGUCGUUUAACUGGUGAUCUAAGUCGGAUUCAAGAUGGCAUUGGUGAAAAAGUUGGUAUGUGCAUUAGCUUCUUAUGUACAACUAUCUUUUGUGUUUGUACUGCUUUAUACUAUGGAUGGAAGCUGACACUUGUUUGCUUAUGUAUCAUGCCUAUUUUAUCCAUUGCUAUGGGAAUUAUUUCAAAGAUUCAAGCAGCUGUCUCUGGUGAUGAACUUCAAGCAUAUGGGGCUGCUGGAGCAGUUGCUGAGGAAGUUUUAUCAUCAAUUCGCACUGUCGCUGCUUUUGGUGGAGAAAAGAAAGAAAUUGAAAGGUAUAACAACUGCCUAAUUCCUGCCAGCAAAAAGGGUAUCAAGCGAGGGCUCCUCACAAGUAUUGGUGCUGGUCUUAUUUGGUUCUGUAUUUAUGCUGGUUAUGCAUUAGCUUUUUGGUAUGGUGUAAAACUUAUUGUUGAUGGAAAAGAUCAAGAAGUUCCAGAGUACAAACCAAGCACUCUAGUUAUUGUUUUUUUCAAUGUCAUGCUUGGAGCCAUGGGUGUUGGACAAACUGCUCCAUAUUUUGAAGCAUUUGCCCUUGCUCGAGGAGCAGCUAGUAAAGUUUUUUCAAUUAUUGAAAGAAAACCACCAAUAGACAGCAGCUCUGAAAGUGGUAAAGUACUUCAGUAUCUUGAAGGAAAUAUUACUUUAAAAGAUGUACAUUUUAAUUAUCCAGCCCGUCCAGAUGUUCCUAUUUUAAGAGGUUUUUCCUUAAAAAUCAAGUCUGGUGAAACUGUUGCAUUAGUAGGACCAAGUGGUUGUGGAAAGAGUACUAUUGUACAACUUAUUCAAAGGUUUUAUGAUGCAGAUAGAGGAAGUGUGGAAAUUGAUGGUGUUGAUGUACGGGAUUUAAAUGUUGGAUGGCUUAGAGAUAAUAUAGGCCUUGUUGGUCAAGAGCCAGUUUUGUUUUCAACUACUAUUGCCGAAAACAUUUGUUAUGGAAAGUCAGGAGCUACUCAAGAAGAUGUGGAGAAAGCUGCCAAACUUGCUAAUGUUCACAGUUUCAUUGAUGCAUUACCUUUGAAAUAUAAUACUCUUGUUGGUGAACGUGGAACUCAGUUAAGUGGUGGCCAAAAGCAAAGAAUUGCUAUUGCAAGAGCUUUAAUAAAAAAUCCGAAGAUUCUACUUUUAGAUGAAGCAACAUCAGCUUUAGACACUGAAAGUGAAGCGAUAGUACAAUCAGCUCUUGAUCAGGCAAGGCAAGGUCGAACAACUAUCAUAGUUGCCCAUCGAUUGUCUACUAUUCGAACUGCUGACAAAAUCAUUGCAUUAUCAAAUGGGGUAAUUGCUGAAGUGGGGACUCAUGAUGAACUUAUGGAAAAGAAAGGGGUUUAUUAUGAACUAGUCAUGACUCAGACUAAAAGUGCUGAAGAAGAGGAGGAUGAAGAGGAAGAUGAUAUUUUAGAUGAAGAUUUACCAAUGCUUGAACGUCAAAUGAGUAUUCUCAGCUCUGCGUCUUACAAUUCAGAGGAUACUCUUCCACGAAAUGCUAGACGUACAUUUUCAGCUGCCAGUCAUCGAAGUAAAAAAGCUGCUAUGGAGGAGGAGGAAGAAGAUGAAAAAGCAGCUCCAUCUCAGACUCGGCUUAUUAAAAUGUGUGCUCCUGAAUGGCCAUACAUAUUAGUUGGUUCAAUAGCUGCAUUAAUUAUGGGAAUUUUCACACCUGUUUAUGGCAUAGUUUUUGGUGAUAUACUUGGAAUUCUGGCAGAACAAAGUGAAACCAUUCUGAAUGAUAUAUCUUAUUAUUCUCUCGUAUUUCUUGCCAUGGCAGUAUCUGCUGGGAUUGCUUGUUUUCUACAAACAUUCAUGUUUUCUGUAGCUGGAGAAAAAUUGACAUCAAGGUUAAGAAAGAUGGUUUUCACUACAAUUAUUAGUCAAGAUAUAUCCUGGUUUGAUGAUCCAAAAAAUGGAGUGGGAUCACUGUGCACUCGUUUAACAUCUGAUGCUUCAAGUGUUCAAGGGGCCACUGGAUCUCGUAUAUCAACUGCUCUUCAAGCUCUAUCAACCCUUAUUGCAGCUAUUGUUAUUGGUCUUUGGUUCAACUAUAAAAUAGGAAUUGUUGUCUUAUGUUUUGUUCCAUUGGUUUUAUUGGCAACUUAUUUUGAAAGCCGUGUUAUCAGUGGCCACAUGUUAAGUGAAAAGUCUGGCACUGAGCAAGCUUCAAAGGUAGCUAUUGAGGCUAUUGACAGCAUAAGGACAGUUGCCUCACUGCAUAAGGAAGAGGCAUUUUAUAUUCAGUUUAGGAAUGCACUAUUUGGGCCACACAAAAAAUCUAGGAAAAAUUCUCAAAUCAGAGGUGUAACAUUUGGAUUUGCUCAAAGUAUACCAUCCUUUGCUUAUGCUUGUUCAAUGUAUUAUGGAAGUGUUCUAGUUGCAGAGGGAGAACUAUCUUAUCCAGAUCUCUUUAAGGUUAUUGAAGCGGUUAUUUUGGGUACGGCUAUGGUUGGUCAAGCAGUAGCCUUUGCACCUGAUUAUCAAAAAGCAAAAGUUGCUGCUGUGCGUAUAUUCAAACUUUUAGAUAUAAAGCCAAGCAUUGACAUAUUUUCUACCGCUGGUCGGGUUUUGGAUGAUGUAAAAGGAUAUAUACGUUUCAAAAAUGUGCGCUUUAACUAUCCAAGUAGACCCAGAGUAAAAAUUUUAAGAGGAUUGAAUCUUGAAAUUGAGCCUGGACAAACUGUUGCAUUGGUUGGUAGUAGUGGCUGUGGGAAAAGUACUUGUAUUCAGUUACUGGAGCGCUUCUAUGAUGCUCAGCAGGGUGAUGUGAUGUUAGAUGAUGCUUGUGUUAAAGACAUGAACAUUUCAAAUCUAAGGUCGCAUAUUGGUCUUGUUUCUCAAGAACCUGUUCUGUUCAGUUGUAGUCUUGCUGAAAAUAUUGCAUAUGGGGACAACUCCAGAAAAGUUGAAAUGCAUGAAAUAAUUGCUGCUGCUCGACAGGCUAAUAUUCAUAACUUUAUUGCUUCUUUACCUCAGGGCUAUGAUACUCCAGUUGGUGACAAAGGUGCUCAACUAAGCGGAGGCCAAAAGCAGCGAAUUGCAAUUGCACGUGCAUUGUUGCGUAAUCCAAAAAUACUGUUAUUAGAUGAAGCAACCUCAGCUUUGGAUGCGGAAAGUGAAAAGGUUGUCCAAGAAGCUUUAGAUAAAGCCAGUAGUGGACGAACAUGUCUUGUCAUUGCCCACAGACUUUCUACAAUUCAGAAUGCUGAUACAAUAAUAGUUAUCAGUCGAGGACGUGUUGUUGAAAAAGGAACUCAUCAGGAAUUAUUAAACAAAAAGGGACUUUAUUAUAAUUUGCAUAAUACGCAAGCAGGAACUCGAUAGUGAUAUGAUAUGACUGUUUGUAUCAUAAUGUACAAAAAUUUCAUCUGUUUUUCAUAAUCCAUUUUAUGUUUUUUUUUUGUACAUAAUUAUUAUUUAUAAAUCUUUAUGUGAGAUUUAAGCUAAUUGAGCCAAAAAUAUUUUUGCAAAAUGCAGAAAUAGGCAGCCAUAGACAAUGUACUUAUUCCUUUAAUCAUUAAGAAUUUAUUUGCAUUUAUUUGUUUUGUCUCUUGGUGUUAAGAAUGUGUUUUGUAGCAGAUAUAUGUAUUUACUAUGAUACUAUGAUAAACUUGAUCUUUAGCUAAUUCAAGCAGUACUAUAAAUUGUGCUUCAAACUAUAAAACUUACCAAUGAAUUGUUUUCUUAACUUGUUGAUUCGUAUUUUUUAUAUUUCUUAAUGUUAUAGUUUUAUUUAUGACAUCAUUAAAGAUUUGAAUACUUCAUAAUCCAAAAUGCUUAUUGAAGUAUAUUUGACUUUUCUAUUAAUACUAUAAUAGAAUAUUUGAAAACUAUUUUUCUUGUAGAAUUUAUUUUUAAAUCAUAGUAAAGAUUUGUGUGAAUGUGCCUUGCUUAGUAUUUUCUAUUUCAGACAAUGCUAUGAAACUUGUUUUUUUAAGUAGUAUGAGUGAAAUUAAUCUUGUGAAAUUAAGACUGCGCAAUUUUUAUUUGUGUAUGUAAAUACAUUUUGCUGUAAAGCAAUUGCUUGAGUUUUAUGUGUGAUAUAAUAUUUAAUCAAAUAUGCAAGCUUUAUGUUUAUGUGUAUUCAUAUCAUUUGUUUGUAUUAUUGUUUUUAUUUAUAUUUUUCUUUAAAUAGAUGAUGAUACUUAAAGCUGUAUCAUGAAUAUUUUAACUAUUACUAGCAGAACUACUAGUUCUUUACUCAAUGAUUGUUAAAUUACAGUGUUGAUAUGUGAAUGAAAUGCUGUGAUAAUUUUGUAGCUUAAAUACUUAGUUGUAUUUGCUUUUUUAUGUUUAAAAAAAAAUUCUGUUCUCUCUCUCUUCCUUUUUUUUUUUUUUUUUUUUAAUAAUUCAAUAAAGGCAGAAUAGUGCUUUUUAUGAUGUAAGUGGCAAAUAAAUAUUUUGAAUUUGAGCUGAAUAUUUUUGUAUCUUUUUCCAGUCCUUGUUUUAAUUUUUUCAGGUUUGCUUUCUAUGAAAAUUAGCAACGUUUUUAAUUUUUUUAAAUUUCAAUAGAAUCAGGUUUAAAAGUUAUUUUUAUACAAUAUUUUUUAAUGAAGCCAAUUCUAUAAAUUUCCCUCAAUCUUUAUUUAAUAUAUUACAAACUUUUGUUUUUAGCAGUUGUCACAAUGUUAUCUUCUCUUAUUUAGCUAAAACUUGGUUACAAAUGACAUUUCUGUUAUGCUUGGGAAAUAAGCAAAAAUUCAUGU